AUAAUAGCGGUGCUUUUCAGUCAGUUUAGUAUUGGGGUGAAGAAAAAAAAUAUUACUUGGAGAAUGUAGUAGUUAAAAACUGAGAAAAACAGACAGAAUAACUUGUUUAAUUUAUACAAUUACUGAUGUAUGUGUGUUUCAAUUAUGUUUAUUCAGAACGAGACUAGUUAACAAGGAAACUGGCAACGCAAAGUUAUAAUUCAUUUAAAAAAUCAUAUCACACGUGAAGUAAUAAUACAUCACAUUCAAUUUCGAUUUGUUAAUCUGGAACAUCAUCUAAAAUCUGUCAAACAUGAAUAAAGAAAAAAAAUCCUUAAAAAGGCCCUUGGAUGAUGAUAGCGACUCUAGUGAUGAAGAAAGUGCGCUUUCGGAUGAAGAGAAAAUGGAAUUCUUCGAAGAGUCCUCGGAAAGUGAGCCUGACUUGGAGUGUGACAUUUGGGAUGAUGAUUGUAAAGUAAUAUCGAAAAAUUUUAUUGAUUCCCAUAUAAUAGGAAGACACCUAAUGCCCACUUGCAGCAGAAAUCCAGAGGAACAUCUAUGCAAAAAAAUGAAACCGACAGUUGAGAUAAAUGCUCAUCUUGCCAACGCACCAUUCAUUCAGAAAUUUAAAGAGUGCUUUAAGAGUAACACACACUUUCUAGAUGAACAUUUCGAAUUGAUUUCAAAACCUUUCAGAGUUUGUGUUUUUAAUAACUUUUUAGAUAAUCCAGACAUACUUAAGGAAGUUAGACAAGAGUUUUAUGAACUUGACUGGAAUAACAGAAACAUGGACUUGUAUGAGUUUUUCCAAUCCAAAGAUUUAAAAUAUUUAACUUCAGAUAAUAUUAAAACCAUACACAGUUUUCUGGAAACAACUGUAAUGCCAUGGGUUUCAGAAUUGACAGGAUUUGAACUGACCCAUAUAUCAACCACUUGCAGCUUAUACAGCAACACCGAUUAUUUGCUAGUACACGAUGAUCAAAGGGAGGACAGAAAGGUUGCUUUCGUCUUGUAUUUGACUAAUGACAAUGGUUGGAAUAAGAGUAAAGGAGGUGCCUUGCAGUUAUUGAACAAGGAUGAAGCUGGACAACCUCUUGAUGUUGUUAGGGAUAUUUUACCAGCUAAUAAUCAGUUGGUGAUAUUUCCUGUGGCAAAUGACUCCUACCAUCAGGUAGCUGAAGUUACCAGUUUAAAUGACUGUCGCAUGAGUAUAAAUGGUUGGUUUCACACAAAAGUGCCACCAGUCUUUGACAUACCAGAAUACAAGCCAACAGACAGUGCUCUAUAUGGAGACCAUUACAGUAAGGCAAGGGAGGUGGACAUUGACCUUCACAGCUGGAUUUGUGAUGAUUACUUGGAUGACCAGUCAAUAAAAGUUAUACAACAACACAUAGAAGACAAUUCUGAGAUAUCACUAAAGAAUUAUUUGAAACAGGAGCCUUUUAACGAAAUUUUAAAGACCUUAAAAAGUGACGAGGUUACUUGGAAGAGACAAGGUCCAUCAAAUAGGUACAACUAUGAAGUACUUGAUUUAACCAAUUUACCAUAUAUUUUGGAUAGAUGCAUCAGUUUAUUUCAGUCCACUGAAAUGUUUUCAAUGUUACACAGAUACACUGACUUGGAACUCACUAGUCCUACAGCAGUAAUGAAGUUCGAGUUCCAAAGAUGGACACCAGGCUGUUAUUCCUUGUUGACUGAUUAUAAUUGGCAGAAAAGGAAUGAGUUGGAUUUAAUAAUGUAUUUUGGGUGUAAAAGUGCAUCCAGUGUUAUAGGAGCAAGAACUCAGUAUGUGACCAUAGAAGAUGAAGUGCAAAAUGCGUUAAUAACUCUAGAACCGGAAGAGAAUAAUUUGAAUAUUGUGUACAGAGACUCGGCCAGAUUUACUAAGUAUUUUAGUAAGCAGAGUAGAUGUCAGGAGUUUUACACGUUGAUUUGUUCAUAUUGUGAAUAAAUGUAUAAAGAGAAAUGAUUUUUUCACAUAGCGUUGAAAUAUUUGAAGUGUAUAUUUAUUGAAUAAAACUGAUGUUAAAUU